ACGAGCAUCAGCCAGUAUUCGAAUUGUUGAGGACGAUGAGCAAGCAUCAGGCUCACAGAACACAACGCCAUCUCUUCUGACAACAGACACUUCCCAACCACCAUUUUUUGACGAGAGAACGAUGAGUAGCUGUCACUCGAUACCUGAUAACAAAGCUGCAGACCCCGACUAUUGUCCAGUUAAUUCAAAAGUUGGCGAGAAGAAACCCACAGUCAAUGUGUCGAAUUUUCUGAAAUUGCCACUAGAGCAGAUGGGAGCUGAGCUGGCACGAUCUGCAGCGGGGUCUGAAGACAAUGCCAGAAUAAUGACUGCAGUUUCUAAUAUUUUGUAUAACACAGUUGGUAUUGAAGGACCCAGACCUGUAGUUACAAGGAGCAUGGUAGAAUCUGCUAUACGGAAAGAUGGUAUUGAGCGAGUUUUAGCUCUUUCGAAGUUGAAUAUGAGAGGUAGAUAUGAUAAAUCAUAUAUUAUAUUAGCUCUAGUUGAAAAACUAGUUAAAUAUUUGGCUUGAAUAAGUAUAGUGCAUUAAAUUUGUCAUAAAAUCGUUGGCACUUGAUGUCGAAGCUUCUUUCGGAUUGCAGCGAAUUGUGGCGAAUAUAACAUUAGCUAUUUUUCUAACCAAAUUUAAUACUUCUAUUAAGGACUCUUUUUUGACGGAAAGAAAAGUAAGAUUUGUAAAGAUAAAGAUCGCAAGGUGAUUAACACUACUGUGGAUUUCUACACGAUAGUCCUGCAACCGGAGAAGAAGUUUGUCGGUUUCUGCUCAACCAGUGGAACAGGUAUUAAUUAAAACACGCAUUUGUUGUAUUCUAAGUUACAUAUCACUUUUACUUCAAGUUGACGAAGCUAAACUUACUCCUGCUGUUACUUGAGAGCUGUGCGUGGUUUUUGUAAGCACAGCUAUGACUCACCCGCCAAUAUGACAAAUUAAUUUUGAUUUUUGAUAGGUAGAGAUGUUGCUGCUCAAGUGUUAAAGUUUCUAGAGGAUCACAAGAUCCAAUCCGAAGCGCUGAUUUGUGUUGGAGGAGAUGCCACCGCUUCAAACUCUGGUCCAUUUGUAAGUAAAAAUCACGUUUUUUUAAAUUUUCACUGUGUGAAACAUGAAUAUAGUUAAGUUUAUGUGGCUAAAGUACAUUUGGUAAGUGGUCACAUUGGUAGUCAUGGUUGGUCUAUAAAUCUUAUGUUAAUUUUUUUAAAUUGCUGCUAUUCCAGAAUGGGGCCUUUCAUUAUCUUGAGGAGUUUCUGGGAAGAGCCUUACAACGUAGUAUAUGUCUACUCCAUCACGUUGAAUUGGUACUCCGAGCUAUUUUCUUCUAUUACGACGGAAAGGCAAAAGGUUUGUUUGAUGUUUUAGCAGUAUAUAUAUAAUAUUGUCGGUCAUACAUCUGGAUACCAAUGGCACUGUCGUGGCACACGAAAGUGCAACUUAGCUAAAACUAUGGGCGCUGAAAUUGUUAAGCUGAUAUUUCACUAUUCUCUCAUCCUCAGGUUGUGGGGCGUACGGUGGUGUCAUUGGACAGCUUAUUCAAACCGAUGUUUGGAAAUUAAAAAUAAAGAAAUUUAAAAAGAUUGAAAUGAACUUCCAAGUGCUAGAUGAAGAGGUAUGUUAAUGGUAUAGGUUUAAACCUAAAUGAUAUUUUCUGAUGUGAUGGACACGAUGACGAAAGAACGAACUGUGACAGUGUGACUUUUCAACUGUGAGAUUUAACGUGCAGCAAAGGGUAUUUUGUUUAUGUAAUAAAGAGACUUGUUUGUUGAAUAAUAAUAAAGCUCAGUCGUUCUGAAACUUACUGAAUCCUUUAUUUAGGUAGUGAAAAAGAUGUCUACCGAUAGGCGACUGCUUUACAAACUGAUACUUGGAAUUUCGAAAGGAGACAUCAGUGGUGUGAAAGACUCAACGAUAGGGCCCGUUAACCAGGCUCGCUGGUUAACGCUCGCAUCACGCAUUUUAAGACUUUAUUGCUCACCACCGGAUAAUUUGGGAACCUAUGUAGAGAUUAUCCUUGAGAGAUUAUCUAUCUUUAUAAUAAAAGUUUAUUUCAAGAUGUACUCCGCUGUAAAGUACAAGAACACCAUCAUUGAUGGUGCAAAGCACUUGUUCGACGAGAUACAGCUUGUCAAAACGUUUUGCACGGUAGAUGAGCGGAAGGUGGCAAAUAAGUGUAUUCAAAAUAAUGCUUGGUUUGCUCACCCUGAGAAUAUAAUGAUAGCCAUGUGUGGAGACCAAGACAGAGAAAUUCGCCAAAAGGGACGAAAUAUUCUACGUCGUUUGUUAAACAUCAAAGAAUGGCGAAAAGAGGAGGAAAGACGCCGGAAGGAGCUUUACGAGCUACCUAAAAAAAUAAAGAUUCGUGAAUUCCACCUCCCACUAAUCGAUUUCGAUGCUAAGGAUUACUGCACGAUGGCCAGAAUCAAGUUUGAGAAGUUAAGUGGACCUUACAACCCUCCAGAGAGAGGAUCGUUCGCUGUCUACACCCUCAAUUACCAAGGCCCAACUAAGUCCCAGGAGAUAACAAUUCCUCCCGUGUUAGCCCACAUGAGGGCUGAAGAAAUGGACCAGAUUGUAGAAUGUAGAGUGACUGCGGAAUUUGAAUGUCAUUCCCAGAGUUGCGAGAGGGGUGUAGCAACAACACAUCAGAGUGUGAAGAGACGGCGGACUGAUGAGUCUCAAUUAAGAAUGGCACUGUCUACUGUGGGAGCGCGAGAGGAGAUGUCGGCAAAAGUGACAGUGAAGCGAUUUAAAGACGACUUUUCCAAAUUUCUUUGAGUCAUGGCUAUUUUCAUUUUACUAAUGUCUCAUUUCAAUAUUUCAUAUUUAUAAUCAGCUUCUUUCCUUGCUUUAUCAAUAACAUAAACAGAAGUAAUAGUACUACUAUAGCAUAUUAUAGUAGCUGCGCUUUAAAAAUAUAUUAUGAAAACAUGCCAACUGCAGUUAGUACACAUUUUAUUGUACUAUAAGUAUCUUACCUGGGGACCCCAGGC